AUGGCAUACCGCGAUGAAGCGCCGUAUCGGCCUCAAGAUGUGCAGGAAGUGGCUGAAAUGCUCCGAGCACUUGAAGGCAACAAAGGUAAAGGCAAAUCCAAGGGUGCAUUCUCGACCAAGAAGAAUACCUUCGAGGUAGCCGGGACCGACAUCACUGUCGACUCGUGGAAGAUGCAAGAAUGGGACUACAAGAAGCCGCACCUGCCAACAUAUGCCCGAGGCUUGUUCACAACCCGGACUCGCAAGGGCCAACCGGAGAUCGCCACCAGAGGAUACGACAAGUUCUUCAAUCACGGAGAGGUUCGGGAGACCGAGUGGCAGAACGUAGAGCAGAACACACGUGGACCUUACGAAUUGAGCGUCAAGGAGAACGGGUGCAUCAUUUUCAUUUCAGGCCUCGAGGACGGAACACUCUUGGUAUGUAGCAAGCACUCAACUGGAUCUCGAGGAGACACGGAGACGAGCCACGCACAAGCUGGAGAGAGGUGGGUCGAGCGCCAUCUUGCCAGUGUUGGGAAGACCAAGCAGGACUUGGCCAUGAAGCUGCGACAGAUGAACGCCACUGCUGUUGCAGAACUUUGCGACGAUGAGUUCGAGGAACACGUCCUUGCAUAUGCUCCAGAGACUGCCGGACUCUAUCUGCAUGGCAUCAAUCUGAAUCUGCCAGAGUUUGCAACAUAUCCACAUCACCUCGUCGACCAGUUCGCAGACGAAUGGGGUUUCAAGAAGACGCAAUAUGUCAUCAAGGACAACAUCCACGAAGUCAAAGACUUUCUCGACAAGGUCGCGGAGACUGGCAACUACGAAGCUCGCGAUACUGAGGGCUUCGUCAUACGCUGCCAAUCAAAAGCGAAUACCAACGUCUGGCACGAUUGGUUCUUCAAGUACAAGUUCGAGGAGCCUUACCUGAUGUAUCGACAGUGGCGCGAGUGUACUAAGGCUAUCAUCGGCGGCCGUGAGACCAAGUACAAGAAGCACAAGCAAAUCACGGAGAAAUACAUCGACUUCGCUCGCAGGCAACUUCAUGGCAACCCGCAGCUUGCGAAGGAGUACAACCUGAACCAUGGCAUCAUCAAGAUGCGAGACGACUUCCUAGCUGAGGUCGGCCUGCGAGGCUACGACAUCAUCCGUCAGGAAGAGCAGCAAGGAGAAGUGUCAAACGACGCCGCGCAUCGAGACAUUAUUCUUGUUCCUGUGGCCACCAUCGGCUGUGGCAAGACCACCGUCGCUCUAGCCUUGUGCAAACUAUUUGGCUGGGGUCACAUCCAGAACGACAACAUCACCGUGAAGAGAGGCAAGCCUCAGGCAUUCGCCCAAGCAUGCGCACAGGAGCUAGUCGAACACUCUGCCAUGGUGGCAGACCGUAACAACCACCAACGAAGAGAGCGAAGACAGCUGAUCGAAGACGUCCAGAAGAUUGUCCCGAACACGCGCUUCGUUGCACUGCACUUCGUUCAUGAUCGCGGCAACUACAACAAUAUCCGAGCCGCUCUUCAAGAUCGUGUGUUGUCCAGAGGAGACAAUCACCAGACGAUCCACACCAGCAGGGGCGCGGGUGAGAUUAUUGGCAUCAUGGAAGGCUUCCUGCAUCGCUUCGAGCCAGUCAACCCCGAGGCAGAACCCGACGAUGCUUUCGACACAGUCGUCGAUCUCGACCCAAUCUCGUCGUCUAGACAGAACCUAGAAACCGUCAUCUCGCGACUCUACACAGAGUACCCCAAGCUUUUUGGCGACCAGGACAUGCCAACUAGCGACGAUAUGGAUGCCGCCAUCGAAGCUGCCAUGCACGAUUACCAAGUCGACCUUAAGCACGAGAUCAAGGGUCGCGAUGACCGCGGCAAAGGCAACAAAAACUCGAACGCACAUCCCAACGCUGCGGCAAACGGCGCGGCGAAACCAAAGGAACGCAAGGUCGAGUACUUCGCCACACAACUACCUGCAGCUCGCGUGUCCUCUGUCCUCCAAGCCAUGUUCGCCGAUGCCCCAGCCGACGUUGCGAGAAUGUACAACACCCUGAAGAACCAGCGCCGCAUCCAGAGUGAAUUCCACGUUACCCUGAUCCACCGCGCAACAGCCAGCCAGCACGCAGAUCAAUGGGCACACCUCAACGACCUCCACACCAAAGCCUCAGCACCAACGCCAUCCCGAGACUUUGUGCUCCCGGAUGCAAAGAUCGGCACGAGCAAGGUCCGCCUGGAGCGCCUGGUGUGGGACGACAGGAUCAUGGCGUUUGUGGUUCGUCUCAGCCCUGCUGAGGGUAGCACGGAGCUGUUCAAUUCUGUGAACCAGACUGCGCACGUCACAGUCGGCACGGCAUCGCCGGAUGUCAAGCCUAAGGAGUCGAAUGAUUUGCUCGCUCGGUGGUUGCGGGAGGGGAGUGGGCAGAAUGGGAUUUAUGAGAUGACUGUUAAGGGGAAUGUUGAGCUUGAGGGAGUGGUCAAGGGGGUACUUUCGAGGUGA